AUGAUGUCGGCUGAUGCCGAAAAGGGGGAGCAGCGCAAGCUGCUCCAGACCCCUGCAGACGAGCCUCGAAGCUUUCCAAUGAUGCAGCCCAACCCUGGAUACAGCAACUCGCUGUUCUGCUGGCCUGGUGCCUGCUUGUAUCCUUUGGCUGCCAUCAUCCUUUUUGCCCUUGGUCUUGUGGCGGUGGUGUUCUUAAGUGCCGGCACCAUUCUUGCCGCCUCGAUCCUCCUCUUGCCCGGGUCGUGCUUCGUGAUGUACACGUGCAUGUGGCAGGGCUACCCUGCAUACUGGACUUGGGAUCUAUAUGUCCAUAUGAUCUAUUUGUCGCACAUGAUCCUUCACUGGGGAGUGCCUCUCCCGAACGCAAGUGAGAAGUUCAUGCCCUUGGACAUGAUGAGGCCAAAGGAGAAAUUGCCAAAGGUAUACGUGGACUAUACUUUGAAUCUCCAGGUGCCUUUGGGCGAUUCGGACCAAUUCCUGCGCCCAUAUAUCACACCGAGAUGGCACCACAACCUCGUCGAGCAUAACCUGAACUUGGUGCCAGCAUUCGACAGGUUUAGCGAGUUUGAGCCAGAAGAGGAUUGUGUUCAAUAUGUCAUGAAGCAGCUACAAGCAAUUUACCCACCAGUCUAUCAGGAAUGGGCAGACAAGCACAGUGAUCAAGCUUUGGCUAGGUUCUGCCUCUAUGGGCUGGCGGCUCAUCGCGUUCAGACCGAGGUUGUUGAUGGCAAGAAGCUUUUCGUGGUCAAGACUAAUGCCUUGUCGGCGCUGCCAGUCCGAGAGGGUCACGAGAGGUAUGGCGGCGAUGCGUAUUUUGAUGAGUCGUGGAAGCCAGUCAUGAUUGUGGAUCAUGGACUCGGGCCGAUGCAAGAGCACGAUGACCCUGUCAAGGUCGUUACCAAGCCAGGAGAUCCGGAGUGGGCACGGGCCAAGUUUCGUUUUAGAUCAUCAGCGUUCGUGCUGGUGACCCUCGUGGACCAUCUUUACCAUGUACACCUGCAAACCACAAAUUUGUUCGUCACGGCUUUGCGGGAACAGUUGUCGGCAGACCAUCCGAUUCGACGCUUCUUGACGCCCUUCACUUACCAGACCAUCUCCAUCAAUGACAAUGCCAAGUUCAAUCUUGUAGCUCCAAGAUCCAUGGGGCCACGCUGCUUCGCUCUUACACAAAAAGGUUUGGAGCUAGCGUUUACAGCAGCCCCCAACCUGGUUGUCCCAGGCACCAAAGACAUCUUCAACUUACGCACUUAUAUUCAGCAGCUCAAAGCAAGUGGCGUGGACACCGAAUACUGGCGCCAAGCCCUUGAGCUUUACGAGAUCAUGGAACGUUUCGUGGCCAACUACCUGUCGUGCUACUAUGUGUCGAAACGAGACCUAGCUGCCGACCCGGAGUUGCGAGCAUUUGGCCGGCAUUUCUUCCAUUGCUUGGAGGGGGUGGAUGCCGCAAGCCUCAGUCGCCUCGGAGCGCCCUGGAUCCAAUCUGUAUCCGACGAAGCCGCGGACGCAGAGGCCUGGGACUUUUAUGUCAAGUGGCUGGCCGGCGUAAUAUGGCUGGCGACUGCAGGUCAUGAGCAGAUGGGGGCUGUCGAGGUGUACGCACAGGAUGCAUCGUGGGCAUCAUUCAAGUGGUCACAUGGGGCGAUCCGCGGGACAAAGCAAACAGCAACUUUGCAGGCGCUACUCAUGUCCUUUACGUCAACACCGAUGCCAAAGCUGCUGGGCGAGGACUGGUCCCAUCUAUUUCCACCUGCGAAAGCAAACACCUCUCCGAAGGAUUCUUUGAAGAAGUUCCAGGGCGAGCUGGAGGCCAUGGCUCAGAGAUGUGAUCAGUUCAAUGCCACGGCGAAUUCCAGGAUGUUCCCCCACUGCUUUCCCAUGUACGUCAAUAAUCCACGCGUCUUGGAGACGAGUGUGAGUGUUUGA